AAUGAACGAUGUUGAACAACAAACUCACUCUUUCUCUACUUUGUUCAGAUGUUCUUGUUUAAAAAUUACAAAAUUGCAACAGUAAGCAUUUUUUUUACCGCGGUCGAAACCGGAGAAUUAUAUGUAUACCUGCAUUCCGAGGAAUUCGAACAUACAAUUGAAGUGAGAAGUUAUUUUGCCAACUAGGAAAUUACCUGCCUGAAUCCAAUGGCGAAAUGCAUCAAAAUUGAAGUUCCGGACCCACCGACUGAUGAACCGGAAUCAUACUGCCGGUUUUGCUACUCAAAGGGGAAAGAUUUGGUAUCAAUUUUUCCAGCAACAGGUAUUCCGCUGCAGUGCAUCAUCAAUCUACUGAAAAAGUUGACCGGCAUAAUACUGAAUGUGACGGAAGAUUUGCCAUCUGCAAUCUGCAGUCAGUGCCUGUCGAAACUGGAGGAAUUUGACCACUUUCGAAGAAAAUGUAAUAUCUACAACGACAAGAUCAAACGAAUCCGGUUUCAAUGGAAGGAUUGUCCGUCGGUUUACAUAAAGAACGAACAAAUUCCGGAGCAAGUUGAAGAUAUCGUUCCGGGAAAUGAAACGAUAUGCGACAAACAGGUUGUGAAGUUAGAUGAAAAACCACCAACAUUUGAAUCCUACCCAGCUUCAGUAGCAAAUGGAUCACUGAAUGAUAAGAUAAAACGAUUUUCUUUGAGCAAAACUGGCCGUACUGGACCACUUAUGGAAAAACUGAACAAGCUCAGAGGGAUCAAAAGUAAAAAACAGAAGCGAACACUAGAGCAGAAAGAUUACCGUUGUCGAGUGUGCUUGCAAUUUUUCACGGAUAAAGAGAGCAUCAAUUUUCAUAUGAGAAAUCACAUUGACACCGUGAAUCUACGCUGCCUCAACUGCUCGAAGAUCUUUGGAAAACCGCAGGGACUGAUAGCUCACACGAGAACCACCUACAUUCAAACUGCAUUCUCCUGUCAGCAUUGUGAUGUGCUUUUCAAAUCCAAAGAAACCCUUUUUGCUCACGAACUGUACUGUGAACAAGAUCAAAGCAAGUAUGACAUCUCUGAGACACCGAAGCCCUGCCAGUGUGCUCUGUGCCCGAAAAGCUUCGAUACCAUGUGUUUUCUGCAAUCGCAUAUGCUAUUACACGAAGCUAAAUUCGCCUGUGUCAAAUGUGGUGUUGACCUUCCUUCUGCCGUACUAUUGAAGAACCAUAACGAGCGAUACCAUUCGAAAGGAGCGGAUCAAAUCGCAACCGUUGUGAAAUGUGAACCAUGCCAGCGGACAUUCGUAGACGCUAGUGCCUAUCGGAGCCAUCAUACUAGAUUCCACCAGUUUAAUCAUGGCAAAAUAUCGCGUAAACUAGACGAGGACAAGUUGUACGAAUGUGACCACUGUGGUAAGCGAUUCUGGUCCAUCAACACCAUCCGAUACCACGUGCUCGUGCACCGUCAAUAUCGGGACUGCGAUCAGUGUUCCGAAAGUUUUCGGUCUCUACAGGAGCUGCACGACCACAAAUUGGCUACCCAUCCGGUAAAGUGUGAGUUUUGCCAUAUGAAUUUUUUCUCAAAACGCGCUUGCCGAAGUCAUUCCAACGUAAAGCACGGAAUGCUACAAGUUAAGAUGUUGGCAGAAGGUGAGAAAAAGGUGGUCUACGAGUGGCGUAAACUUGUCUUCAAAUGUGCCUCUUGUGAGCAAGACUAUGAGAAGUAUCGAGAACUGAAAGAUCACUAUGGAAAGAUGCACCCAGGAGCAAACAUACAGAUCAAGUGCUCGUAUUGCGCUAAGAACAGUACAUCCAGGAUUGGAUACGUUGGACAUAUGACUGGGAACUGUGGACAGACACCAAAGAAAGUAAAGGCGUGGCACUGAGCCCGUAGUGGAUGUCGCGACUUAUUUUUUUUUGCUCUAAAAAUUCUCGAAUUUCAAAUAAUACCGCCUAAGCAUUCAUAUACAA